AUGGAUUCUAAAGACGAGGAGAUUUUAAUUAAAGUAUUAACACUAUUUAAAAAUAUUCAUAAAAAGUAUCCAAAUUUUGAAAAACUUGCUGAUGAAAUUGCUUUUGCUGAAAUCGUUCCUUUGAAGGCCUUCGACUGUUUAUUUUUUGCCUAUGUCAAGAAUAAUUACCUAGGUCCACCUUUUGACUUAGCAAUCGAUAUUUCUGAGAUGGAUAAACUGGCAUAUUCUUUCCUAACCGUUGAUUCUGAAACUCCAUUUCAACUUAUUCGUUAUCCAUCCUUAUUGUGGUUAUGCAAAGAAUACUCUUAUCAUAUGGCAUCGGUUUCAAAUAUUAUGUCUCUUAAAUAUGCUUGCCAUCAUCUAAAAUGCAUUUAUAUGAUGCAAGAUAUGUAUGGCGAAAUUCGUUGCCCUACUAUCAAGCAAGAAUUUGAUGAUAUUUUAGAGAAAGUCGAUUUGGACGAAAUUGCUGAAAGACGGGACAUAGACGCUUUCACUUUUGCUUUACUGGGUUGCUAUAUUUCUGUCUUUUAUCAUGACUUCGAAUGGGCAAGUCGUUUUCAGAAAAUGUGUGAAGACUUUCUGGGCAUUCAGGUCAAUUUUUCAGCUGUUCUUGGCACUCGGACUAAGGCCCAACAGGACGCUCUUUCUCAACUCAUUAUCCAAGUUGAGAGAAUCAAAGAAAGCAAUUCUAUUAUUGAGUUGCCUAAUGCACCGACGGCUAUGCCAAAAGUGUGUCCUUUAGAGGAUGAUAACUUAUUGGAGUUUAUCAAAUUCACCAAUGAUUCAUGUGUCAAUCAGAAACUAUCUAUUCCAGAGCAGGCUUUUGUUCUCUGUUGUGGAGAAAUUUAUCGACGCUCACAUCCUAAUGAUGAGUUAAUUAAUGAGCAGUCGUUGGCAUUUGUGACGGCUAUUGUUCGCAGUAUUAUGGAAAAAGAGGGAUCGUCAAAUGGUGCUGGAGACGGAUCAACUGAAUUAGACGAGCCUUCAGUCGCUUGGCCUAUUCUCACAGAAGCUCUUUUUAAACGAGGUUCUUAUGAAAGGCGAUCCUUAGCCCGCCAAGAAAGAGCCAUGCGACAGCUUGAAGAGAUUACUUCCCAGUAUUCUGCCACUCAACCAGAUACCUCAGAACGUGGCUUGGAAUACUUCUUCUGGUCUAGAAUGCCCUCAUUUUGGCAAACUGAUUUGUGUCAUGCAAAACUCCUCAGUGAUCUGGGAAUGGUUAAGAGCGCUUUGGAUAUCUACUUGCGUUGCCAACAAUGGAAUGAGGUUGUCGAUGCCUACACAGUGACUGGUCAACGUGAUCUCGCCGAAAAGGUCAUUCGAGAACGUAUCGCCGCAGGACAUGAAACCCCCGAUCUUUAUUGUUGUCUUGGAGAUGUCACCAAUGAUUCAUCAUAUUAUGAAAAGGCCUGGGAGAUGUCUAAACACAAAUCGGCUAGAGCUGCUCGGUUAUUGGGACUUAAUGCUGUUAAUAAAGAGAAAGAUAAGAAGAAGGGUGUCCAGUACUUUGAAAAGUCUCUGGAAAUUAAUCGUUUCCAAGUAAACCUCUGGUUUUCUCUUGGAUGCUUAUACUUGGAUCUCCAUGACUUCCAACAUGCAGAGCGAGCCUUCAGGUAUAGUGUGACUCUAGAGCCUGAUAAUCACGAAGCUUGGAAUAACUUGGCAAGUGCGGUAAUGUUUGCCGGUCGAAAAUGGCAAACCUUGGCUCUGCUCAAGGAGGCUGUUAAGCAUAACUACGAGUCCUGGAGGAUUUGGGAGAACAUUUUGCUUGUUGCCACCGAAGAUCGUUCUUUCAACGACGUGAUUAACGCCUACCAUCGCCUGAUUGAACUCCGUCAAAAGCAUGUAGAUCCACAAAUCUUGGGAAUCCUUGUUAAGGCCGUUUCUGAAGACCUUCCAGACAAUAAAGGGCAAGGUGCGUCCAAGUAUCGCAAGGAACUGCUCAAUCUUCUCGGUCGCGUUACUUCCACAAACCCCGUGGAUGGAGAAGCCUGGAGGCUCUACGCAAAUUUGGUCCUAAGUGGUGAAGAAGAAGAGCUAAAACCGGUUGAUUACCAGAAAGCUGUUCAGUACAUUCAGCGUUCCUAUCAAUGCCGCCUGCGUUCAGCAGAGAAGGAUUGGGAAUUCAGAAAGGAUGUUCGCGAGGAUCUAUUGAAGGAUUUGAGAGCUAUGUCCACUUUACUCAUUCCUAGUUCUAGCGAAGAAAAGGCUAAGGAGGUUUUCGGUGAGGAAAGCGCGGGUUUUGUGGACUCGUCGCUCGCCUCACUUCGAAUGAAUAUCAAUGUGUUCAUAGCUAGACUUAAGGCGUCCCUAAAUAAAUGCUUCGAUGAAAAAGUCAAAAGCGAAAUUACUGAGGACAAAAAAAUCCUUUCCGAUCUUCAUGACGCUAUUGCUCUUUAUCAGCGCUUCCAAAAAGGUGAAGUUGAAUUGGAAAAAAAGUUGCGAAAGUUAUACUCAACUCUCCCGAAUUGGAGUCAUCCAAGUACACCUAUUGGAGAUCCAAGUAAAUUUCAGCUUAUCUAUCUCCAUGGGUCACCUAAGAAUGUUCCACAGCCAAAAAACGAACUUGACCUGUUAUCUAAUGAAGUGAAAAUUCAUAAGAGAGGAAAUCGUAGUCGUAGGACAGGUCUAGGCUUUCUUAGAUCGUCAGGAGGACUGGGGACUGGCUGUGGACCCCGGUCGUAUGCCUUCUACGAUAGCCUUGCACGACUAGAAUCUGCUCUACUGAAGUUAACCCUAGAUCGAACGCUGAAAGCAGGAUUUCGACAAGUUAUUGUUCCUGAUAUUUUACCGGCCCGAGUUAUCGAAAGAUGUGGCUUUCCUACAACUGGAGAAAGGAAUCAGGCAGGUUCAGUUCAUUGUAUAAUGUCUUCUAAGGAGGCGUUUUAUUUACAUCGCUAUAAAUGUGCGCUUAGCGGGGUACUUACUAAGGUACCAAAAGUGGCCAUGAGUCCAUAUCUAGCCAAUAGAGUACCCCUAUUCCAUGGGAUAUUCAAAAUUGCUGAUAGAAAGGAAGUUGGGGAAGCUUCGCUUUUCUGUCUCUCAGGCACUGGUGAAAUGGGUCUGGCCGGAUUCUGUGCCGACGGAAUAUUUGGAGGUUCCUUGGACAUAGAGGCUGAGUUCUUCACCACUCUUAGUCGAUGCUAUCGACACGAAGUUGCUCAUCAAGAGUCUCUACUCUAUCGAACUCAUCAGUUCAACAAAGUGAGUUGA